GGCUGGUUGUGAGCUGGGAUCGCGCUUUGGGGAAUCAUCAUAUCUGUCACUAAUCGUGACUGGCGGGACAUGCCGCAAGCGCAAGGCUGACAAGCCUCGCCGUGCGACCAUGCGAGAGUUAGAGCGAGCGUAUGUCAUCAGUCCCCAUCUCGGCCAGCCCGGCAUCAAUUGAUCAAGUGGCAUCAACACAUCAAUCGUUGGCGAUUUAUACAAUGAGCUUCUUCUACUUCUAGUUGUUAUAUAUUUCAAAUACCUAAUUUUGCUCCAAAUCUGAUGUCUCGUUCCCUUCUCUUUUCAGGUUUGGGGUUGAGCGCGAACUAUCCUAAUGUCGUCUGACGACUAUGCGCCUGGAAACGAUGCGGUCCUUUCUGUCGACGAGGCGCGCGUACAACUCUCUCAACGAGAUCUCUCUCUUUCAAUUCCUAUUAAUUUUAUGACCGUUCCGGGGGUCUCUCUCACCGCAGCAUGUUUGGGGAAUCGAGUGAUUGGUGAGGGCGAGUUGGCACGAUGUUUCUCAAAUCUCCUGUCGGUGGGAUUCCGUCGCUUUGAGCUUGACCUAUACUGGGAUGCUGGACGGAGUUUGUGGAGUUUCUGUCCUGUCGAAAUGAAGCAAAUGCCUGGAGACGACAACGGCAGCUCUUCCUUGUCGCAAAGUGGCACGCCGCCUGCAACCACAACGAAUCAAGGCAGCCUAUCAUUUCCAGCCGCUGUGGCAACUUCGAUUCAAGAAAAAGGUACCAAUGACGCUUUGCCAGUCUCAGGAACAUCAGAACGUAUAUCCGUGUCCCCGGCGCCAACGCCAUCAAGUGAGCCGAUGCACGCGGAAGGACACUACAAAUGCUCGCCCGCGGCGACUCUGGAGAUGUUUGGACACCAAUUGCACAGCUAUCUUGUAGAUACACAGAACACAUUGGAGGCACAACUCUCAUAUUAUGUAUUUAACAUCCACGCCGCGGCAUCACGCACAUCACCCUAUUCACCGGCGCAGGCUCCUACUAAUCUUCCUGUUGGCGGGGAACUCAUCGGGCGUAUGCUGAGCAGCAAUCUCUCAUCGUACAUAUACACUCCCAUCCACCUCUCCAACAACCGAGCCAACCUGAACUCGUCGUGGUACACUGUCCCCGAACGUUACCGGCCAGUCACGGACUAUUAUUCCGUCGAAAUAGACGACAACGGCGUUUGGUCCACCGACGAUGGUUGGCCCUCGGAGUCCUUCAUCGAGUUCUCCAGCCUAAAACGCGUCCUCUUCCAAUUCGGCACCAUCGACCCCCAAAUGCAAGGCGCCGACUAUACUGCCGACGCCUCCAUCCUCUUCCCCUCCGGUUAUAUCACCCAACCCCAACCCUCCGCCUCCCUCAACUCCACCUCCCACCUCACCAGCGACUGCUACCUGCACCCCUUCCCCGCUGUGCCCUCCAACACCAACUCCUCCUGGGCAACCUACGCCCUCACCACCCCCCCCACAAACACAACCCUCACCUCCCUAACAACCUGCGGCAUCUCCCCCCACCUCAACACCACCCUCACCGCCCCCGCCUUCACCUCCCCCCUCCCCUACCGCUCCUUCGCCCUCUCAACCCACUGGCCAUGGGCCCCCUCCGAACCAACAAACUACUCCUCCACCCUCUCCGCCGCCAACGCCGCCCUCAUGCGCUGCGCCAUCGCCUCCCCGUCCGGCGCCUGGUCCGUAACCUCCUGCGCCGAUAGACACUACGUCGCCUGCCGCUCUACCCCCUUCAGCUGGUCCAUUUCCGACCACGCGGUUGCUUUCCCCUACGCCCCCUCCGCGUGUCCCCACGGCACCACUUUCGUGGCCCCGGCGUCCGCGCUUGAGAACGCGUACCUGGCGCAGGCGCAACGGGAUACCCAGCGCGAUUACGACAACCAGGGGGUAUUCGUCGCGUUCAACAGCGCGCAAGUGGAUGGGUGCUGGGUUAUUGGUGGGGCGGAUGCGGUGUGUCCGUAUGAUCGCGUGACGCUGCUUUCGUUCGCGAGGGCGAGGGAGAUUGUGGUGCCGACUGUGGCGGCGGUUAUUAUUCUGGUGAUCAGUGCGUUGACGGUGUUUAGUAAGGUGGCGGGGAAUCGGAGGGGGGGGAGGGGGAGGAGGGGGAGGGAGAGGGAGAAGGGAGGGAGAGCGGCGAAUGGGUUUGUUUAUGAGGGGGUGCCUUUGUAGGUAGGGGUUGGAGGGGGAAAAGGGGGAAGGGGGUGUUUUUGUUUUUUUAAGGAGUAUUUUUGUUUUAAGAGGGUAUGGGGAAGGCGUUCAGGUGCUGGAAGGGGGUAUGGUCUUUGCAUUUUACGGCUGGGAUGGGUCUUUUGAUGGCAGCUGAGGGAGAAAUGUGGAGGGAGCAGGGAGCAGGGAGGAGCAGGGAAAGGGGUGAACAGUGGUUCACAGUAAUACAGUACAACAAUGCGACUUUCGUAUUCGGAUCCCCAGUGUGAGGUGGUGAUUGAUUGGCGGCGGCCCCUUGCAUGGCUUAUUUUGCAUCUCACGAGCAUGAGAAAUGCUGCUUACAUAAGCCAUUUCUCCAAUUGUAACUUAACGUACUUGAUAAGUAAGCGGUCCAUACAAGUAGGCGGUCCACACCCCACCAAAACCACCACUUUACAGACCAAUCUAUAACAUAUUACAUUAUAGCGAACC